UCAUAAAACCCGCCCCUGAAGUAAGGGCGGCUCUAUGCCGGCCCCCCAAAGAGUCGGUUGACACACUUUCCGCCGGAGCCAUUGCGGGAAGACUUGCGUUAGAUUCUGCGGAAAGUUGCUUGCCUGGGCUUUGAAGAGGCGCAGCGCGGAUGAAACUGAUCGAUAGUGGCGCAGCAGCGGCCAACGAUGCCUCCACCGCCAGCGGUGCCACGGCCUGCGCUCUUGCCCCGGAGGUGAAGUAUAUCUUGGGGAUAGACGUGGGCAGCACGGUGAUACGGUGCCAUGUGUACGACAAGGCGGCGGUCCUCAAAGGAUUCAGUAGCAAACAGGUAGAGGCUCUUCAUCCUCAGCCCGGUUGGGUUGAAUUAGACCCUGAAAGUCUGUGGACCCAGUUCAUUGAUGUGAUUAAAGAAGCAGUUCAAGUUGCAGGACUUAAAAUGAAUCAAAUCUCUGCUCUUGGACUUUCAACACAACGUGCAACUUUCAUUACAUGGAACAAAAAGACAGGGAAACCUUUUCAUAAUUUCAUAAGUUGGCAAGAUGUGAGAGCUGCUAACCUUGUUAAAUCCUGGAACAGAUCUUUUUUAAUGAAGGCAGUCCAUGGUAUUUCUUCUUUGCUGCACUUUUUCACUCGGAUUAAUAGACUUCUGCUAGCCCGUUGUUUUAGUUUUACUACACAGCAUGUCUCUUUAAGACUGGUUUGGAUAUUACAGCAUUUAUUUGAGGUAGAACAAGCUGCUAAAGAUGACAAUUGCUGUUUUGGAACAGUUGACACAUGGUUACUUUAUAAACUCACUAAAGGUGCAGUGUAUGCUACAGAUUAUUCAAAUGCCAGUACCACUGCAUUUUUUGAUCCUUUUAAGCUGCAAUGGAGCGACCUUUUUAGCAAGUUACUUUCCAUUCCAAUAUCGCUUUUCCCUCCAAUAGAGGACACUAGUCACAUUUUUGGAUCAGUUGAUGCUGAAAUAUUUGGAGUACCUAUUGCAAUAGCAGCUUUGGCAGCAGACCAGCAGGCAGCUAUGUUCGGACAGUGCUGUUUUGAUGCAGGUGACAUAAAAGUCACCAUGGGAACUGGUACCUUUUGGGAUAUUAAUACUGGAAACAACAUUCAUGUAUCUAAGAAAGGCUUGUAUCCAUUGGUUGGUUGGAAAAUUGGGAAUGAGACCACCUACUUAGCUGAAGGUAAUGCUUCUGAUACUGGAAAUGCUAUCAAAUGGAUUCAGAGCUUAGAACUUUUUGACAAUGUUGAAGAGACAUCACAAAUGGCACAUAGCCUAGUAAAUUCGGGAGGAGUUUGUUUCGUUCCAUCUUUUAGUGGUUUGCAGAUACCUGUGAAUGAUCCUUAUGCAUGUACUUCUUUUAUGGGGAUCACACCUACUACUAGCAAAAAGCAUCUUGUUCGAGCUGUGUUGGAAUCCAUCGCUUUCAGAAACAAACAGCUGUACGAUAUCAUUACAACAGAGGUGGACAUUCCAUCUAUGUCCAUUCGAGCUGAUGGAGGCGUCAGUAAAAAUAGUUUUGUGAUGCAGAUGACUUCGGAUUUAAUCAAUGAAUCAAUAAACAAGCCUGACAGUACAGAUAUGUCUUGUCUUGGAGCAGCUUUUCUAGCAGGCCUCGCUAUUGGAUAUUGGACUGACAAAGAACAUCUGAAGACAUUGAGGCAAACUGACAUGGUUUUUAAGCCACAAAGAGAACCAAAAGAAUAUGAACCUGCCAUGAGUAACUGGAUAAAAGCUGUCCGUCGUUCUCUGUCUUGGUAUAGCCAGGCAUCUUAAUAAUUAAUAUUAUUUAUAUGUUGGACAAUAUAACUAAUUAAUUGUACUAAGCAGUUAUUGUUCUUGGACAAUAUUCAAGCAAUACAAAAAGUCUCCUGGAAUAGUAGUAAACCCCAGGUAGUGGUCAAGAGUGUCAUGUUCUAAGCUUAUUUAUAAUGGACAGAUUUGAUUUUUUUCAUGAGAUGAGAUCAGUAUGCGGGGAUGUUCAGAUACCACCCUUAGAGAUUUCAUAUGGAAAAUCUAGAUUAAGAUUGUAAAACAAAAAUUAUUCCACAUAGAUAGGAGCAUACCAUAUGCUUCUGUUUUCUACUGUAAAUCAUUUCCUUUUGAUAGAAAUAUAUUUAUUGGAAUGAUCUCCUCCCAUUCCAUCCCCAAAUGAAAGAGACACAGAUGCAGCCAUAUAGGUCAGGGAUGGCGAACCUUUUCGGCAUUGAGUGGCCAAACCGGAAUGCACAUUCAUGUACGUGCAUAUGUGCGCACCAGAGCACUGGAAACCAAAAGACCAGCUGGCCGGUGCGCAUGCAUGCACCGGCCAGCUGGUCUUUGGAUUUUCAGCGCGUGCAUGCGUGCUGGCCAGUUUGCCUUUGUGCACACCGGAAACCCGAAGACCAGCUGGCUGGAAUGUGCAUGCCUGUUUUUGGCAGUUUUCAGGCCGUUUUUUUGUCCAGAAAACAGCAGAAAAACAGCCUAAAAAACGACCUGAAAAUGGCCCCAAAACGGCCUGUUUUGGGGGCUUUUUUUUUGCCAUUUUCUGGCGCUCCAGCGUCUGCAAAAAAUAGCUGGUGCAUGUUCGCGCCUAAAACCAGAAGAUCACGAUGCGCGUGCCCACAAAGAGGGCUCUGUGUGCCACCUGUGGCACACGUGCCAUAUGUUCACUAUCACGGAUAUAGGUAAAUUGGUUCUAAGCUUGAAGGCUGACUGUCUAGAGUGAAAAGUAGUAAAAAACUUUUUGUUAAUUUUAAGAGUUCUUUAAGGUGAAAACUAGUAAGCUAAAAGUGAAACAUGAUGUAGAAAUCAACUACUUGCCAAAUGAUGUUUCAAUGAUAGAAUACAGAGACCAAUAAAUUAGCAUGUGAAUUGAUUCACCCUUGCAAUGAUGGCCUUAAUUUUUUAUGGCUUUAAAAAUGGUGAAAUUUGAAGUUUCCACAUUGCUUAAUUGGAAAUUGGUCAGCUGUCUUCUAUCUUAUAUGAAGAAUUUAGGAUUUGCUGAUAGGGCCAGCAUGGUCAGUAUUGUCCAGCAACCUUUGGAAAUCCUGCUUUUCUGAUUUAAGAAAUAGGGAAGAAUAUUGGUAUAUCUACCUUUUAGAAGGUAAGAUUUUAGAAUCUUAACUUUAAAUUUAAACAGAAAUGAAAGAAGCAUCUCGCACAUGACUCCAGGACAGUGCAAGUGUCGUAAAUAGAUGUUUUUUUUACUUAUUAGCUAAGCCCAAAGUGAAUCUCAUUCCCUAUACACUUCGGUACCUGAUACUUCAGAAUUUCAACACUUUAUAGCAGUCACUAUCUCUAUGCAGUAUGUAAAAUAUUGAAGAUAGACUAUUUGGGAAAUAGUACAUAUCAGCAUAUUGCUUUCUGUGGUAAUUUCCAGGUUAAUGUAGUUAGGGUCACACAUCGUUAUGAGCCAGAAUACAUGUUUGGUGUUAAUUUUGCAUUAAUGCAUUGACAUUACAUGUGAAAAAGAUCACUAUCACAUCUUUGGCCAAUCUAGAUUGGCUGAUUGUCCUAGCUGAAAAUGUUGUAUUCCCAGCCUGAAUUUUUAUCAGAUUUUCAGAAAAGUGCAUGAAUUUGGUCACAUUACUUUUAUAUUUGCAUGGAACCCAGUUAAGUUUCUGCAAAGUAAUUGUAAUUUUUAUGUCUUAGAAAUUAUACAGCACCUAAAUUUUAAAUUUAAAUUUUAAAUACUCUGUAAAGUAAUUUUCAAUGUAUUAUAAAUAUCUGCUGGCUGAGAUUAAGUCUAGUGCUAUGUUCUACUCUUACCUAAGAAGCCAUCUUACGCUAAUUCAGAUCUAUAAUCAAUUCAGCUCAGUACUCACUGAUAGAAGGUCAGGAGAUUCCUAGUUUUAGAAAUACUAGAAAAUAAUAGAGAGUCUUCAAUUUAUGACCAUAAUUGGGACUAGAAUUUCAGUUGCUAAUAUGGUCAUUUAGUGAGUCAUGUGACCAGACCCAAUUUUAUUAAUAUUUUUACUGUGGUUGUUAAGCUAAUCAUGUCAUUAAGCAAAUCAUGCAAUCAUUAAGUAAAUCCAGCUUCUAAUUCACUCUGUUGCCGGAAGUUGGCCAGAAGAUCAUAAAUCGCAAUUGUGUGACCGCAAGAUGCCGCAACCAUGAUAAAGGAGAGCCAGCUGCCAAGUGCCCAAAUUGCAGUCUUGUGACCACAAGGUGGCACAAGCAGUUGUAACUUCAAAGUGGGUGUUAAAUCACUUUUCUCCUAAGGUGGUUAUAACAUCAAAUCAUCAUUAGACAAAAGGUUGUAAAACAAGGAUUAGCUGCAAAUUUGUAAAUUUUAUUUUGCUAUUCAAAAAAUACUUAGCGAAGUGAAAUUAAUCUUUGUCUCUCAAAGUUUUCUGAGCCAUAUGUAUACUGGCUAUGUAGUGGCAUAUUUUUGGUCUGAGAGAGAGAUAUAACCUUUGUGGCAAGGCAGUCCUUCAUCUACAACCUAUUCUGUGAUGACUCAAUAUAUUCAUCAGAGAUAAAACAGAACUUAACAGAAGGAUAACACAAAGGAAAAAAUGAGGUUAGGUGAGUUAAACAUUUGUAGACUGGUCUCAAAAAAAUUUACACAAAGGUUUGUUGCAAGUAGUAAUAUGCAACAGCAAUUAAGUAUGAAAGUCACUGCCAUGUAUUUUUUCUAGGCAGAAAUUUUAUUGCAAGAUUCUGAUUUAAGGUGCUAUAUAUCACAAUAGCAAAGGCCUAAGUGCCAGAAGAAGGAAUGGGAGUAACAGGGAGCUUUCUUUGAAAAUCUGCAUGUUAGUACUUCCUCUGUUUCUUGAGCCAGAACAUAAUUAGGAUAGUGAAUUAUAUUUCAUCUGCAUUUUAUACAUUACCGAUUAUAGCAACUAGAUUACUCUAUGUGAAUUAUAGGAUUGAUCUAUGUCUUGUCACAAAAGCCGGAAAGGUUUAAAGUGCCCCCCACCCCCGCCUCCCAAAUAUAUAUAGGCCAGUCCUCUGAUAGAAUAUUCAUCACGUGCUAUUUAAUUGAAAGAACUAUUUCUAAAUAUAUAUAUAUAAUAUAUUUUUAUUUCUGUAAUAAAGAUCAUUGUACUGUUCUGAAUUAAGAUACUGAUUAAUUUGAAUCACUACUCUUUUCAAGCAAUCUGUACACUAUUAUAUACCUAAGAACUGUAUUUUGUGCUUAUAUUUUCAUAAUAUAUGUUUUGUAAAUUGAAACUAGCUGUUACAAAGUGCUAAAUCAAGGCUGCUUUAAUUUAUACUGUGAUCUAUUACUUCAGAUGUAUAUAUUGAAUACUCACUUGUAAAUAUAAAUUCCAGUCUCAAAAUAUUUUGAAACUAUAAAUAUAACAGACUGAUUCUUAAUGUAUUGAAGUAUGGCAUUUAAGAUGAAUCAUUGCUUACUAAUAAGUUUUACGCCCUUGCAGGGUGUAAGGAAAGGAAUUGGGUCUAAAUGAGAAAAAAUUGUUCUGCUUAAUUACUUUGAGCUGAAUUCCCCUGGUCUCCAAUUUUAUCAGUAAGACACUGUUAUGUUUUCUUCUGACUUGGGUGCAGCUGAAGAAUUCAGUUCCACUGAAUUCAGUGGAUUUUAUUCUCAAAGAGUUCUAGAAUUGCUGCAUGAAACUUUUAACUUUAAUUGCAAUAAAAAGUAAUGUCUUCCUUAAACUGA